AUGCCACCUUCAAGGCAUCGUGGCCUCUUCUGUACCAUCAGGAUAACCAGAGUAUCUACCAGGACCCAGGCACUUCAGAGGCACACAAUCUCACAGCCCCAAGCAACUCAGGAGGGUGCUGCAGCACAGGCUCGCUAUCAUUUGGAUGUCUCAGGUCUGGGCCUGGACACUAUGGAUGCACUGAAUGACAUGCACAAUGAGGACAAUGUCCUUACUCAUGAAGAUGGGGACUUUGGGAAUAUGGAUAUUGAGCCGCUACCAGAUAACAUGAAUAACGAGGAGAGCAUUGUCUGUGCCAUCCGAGAUUAUAUUGAUCACCUGUGGACAUUCCAAAAGUACAAGGACACAUAUACAUGGUGUCAACAUUUAGACUCACUCCAUGCCAACCGGGCUUCCAUUCUCCCCACGUUAGUCAUUGCAUUCCUUCAGUGGAAGGCAACCGCCAGCAGUGCUGUAUAUGAGCCACCGCCAGGACCUGAGUGUUCCACAAUGGACUCAGCAAACCUCUUGUUCACCAUUUCUGUUGUCGACAUCUUCACGCUAAGAUUUUUGGGCAAUACACCCCAUAACCCAUCAAUGGCCGUAUCUCUGCGCACACUGGAGCAUUACCGCCUCAUUCGCCUCCGGAAACCAUCGUUCAUCAUUGAAGCAUUUUAA